AUGAACAGAGAAAGAGAAGAAGAGAUUAAGAAACACGAAGAGGAGAAAGAGAGAAUGAACAGAGAACGAGAGGAAGAGAUGAAGAAACAGGAAGAGGAGAAAGAGAGAGUGAACAAAGAACGAGAGGAAGAUAUGAAGAAACACGAACAGGAGAAAGAUAGAAUGAACAGAGAACGAGAGGAAGAGAUGAAGAAACACGAGAAAGAGAGAAUGAACACAGAAAAGGAGGAAAAGAUGAAGAAACACCAAAUGGAGAAAGAGAGAGUGAACAGAGAAAAGGAGGAAGAGAUGAAGAAACACGAAGAGGAGAAAGAGAGAAUGAACAGAGAACGAGAGGAAGAGAUGAAGAAACACGAAGAGGAGAAAGAGAGAAUGAUCAGAGAAAGAGAGGAAGAGAUGAAGAAACACGAAGAGGAGAAAGAGAGAAUGAACAGAGAACGAGAGGAAGAGAUGAAGAAACACGAAGAGGAGAAAGAGAGAAUGAUCAGAGAACGAGGGGAAGAGAUGAAGAAACACCAAGAAGAGAAAGAGAGAGUGAACAGAGAAAGAGAGGAAGAGAUGAAGAAACACGAAGAGAAGAAAGAGAGAAUGAUCAGAGAACGAGGGGAAGAGAUGAAGAAACACCAAGAAGAGAAAGAGAGAGUGAACAGAGAAAGAGAGGAAGAGAUGAAGAAACACGAAGGAGAGAAAGAUAGAAUGAACAGAGAAAGAGAGGAAGAGAUGAAGAAACACGAAGAGGAGAAAGAGAGAAUGAUCAGAGAAAGAGAGGAAGAGAUUAAGAAACACGAAGAGGAGAAAGAGAGAAUGAAAAGAGAAAGAGAGGAAGAGAUGAAGAAACACGAAGAGGAGAAAGAGAGAAUGAAAAGAGAAAGAGAGGAAGAGAUGAAGAAACACGAAGAAGAGAAAGAGAGAAUGAACAGAGAAAGAGAGGAAGAGUUGGAGGAACUGAACAGAGAAAGAGAAGAAGAGAUGAAGAAUCUAGAAGAUGAGAAAGAGAGAAUGAACAGAGAAAUAGAGGAAGAGAUGAAGAAACACAGAAUGAAGAUGAUGAUGAACAGAAAAGAGAGAAUGAACAGACAACGAGAGAAAGAGAUGAAUAAACAUGAAGAAGAGAAAGAGAGAAUGAACAAAGAAAGAGAGGAAGAGAUGAAGAAACAUGAAGAAGAGAAAGACGGAAUGAAGAUGAUGAUGGACAGAGUCAGACAAACAGAGGAAGAAGCAUGA